AUGGCGGGGUCAGGUAGAGGAAGAGGGCGUUCGGCCUUUACCUUCAACAUCGAGGAGAUAGGCUUUUCCAGAGGCGCAGCUCUGCCCGACUCCGUCUCUGAGCCUCCACCGGUAUUUCCUGGUACAGAAAAUAAGCCAGUGCCUCUGAAAACAGGAGAAGGUGAAGAUUACAUGUUGGCCCUGAAACAAGAGCUUAGAGAAUCUAUGAAAAGAAUGCCAUAUUUUCUGACAGUAGAAGAAGAUCGCGAAGUAAUUGAGAAGUACAGUAAAAAGUACCAGAACAGGGAAAAGGGGCAUGCAGCAUGGACCCCAGCUUUCUUCUGCAGAAUUGUGAACCAGAUCCUUCAACAGCAGUUGGAGCUG